AUUCUCAAGUUUGAGGGGGAAACCUAUUCACAAAUUACCCACAUUAUCGUGGACAAAAACCCUCUUACAGUUCUGGACCGAAUCCCCAAUCCCAACGUCCCAACGUGCCUCUGUCAGACGUGGACUGGGACCUGGACGACGAGAAGGGCCCACACGACGACCACCUCAAACCCAGCGUCCCGAUUAUGAGGGAAGACCUAGAGGGCAACCUUGACCAGCUCUACAUUCAUUUCAGAUUCAUUCAUGAGCUAGAUACACAAUCUGUGAUCGGUUUGUCGGUCUGAGUUCUAACCGGAAGGCUGUCAUUCCAAAAUGAGUAAACAGGCCUCGAUCCUGAGUUUCUUUAAUCGCCGAGCCUCGUCCACCGCUCAAGGUCAAGGUGAUGGAGUCGGACCGCCCCUGGGCUCACCUCGAGGCUCCCCCCACUCGCCCAAAACCCCAGUGCGCACGCCCAAGCGCCCCAUAGCGCCUUCACCCGUCUUGACCGACACCACCCCACCCACCCGAACCCCCGAAUCGAACACACCCACCCGCAAACGUAUCAAACGCGGUCCUGUUCCCGAUGACCAGGACGACGAGAACGACGAAUCGGAGGCGGAUCCCGAUGCCAACGAGAAUCGCCCACCCCAAUCUGCGCCCAGGCGAAAAUCGACUGGCCCAGACCCAGCGCCCAAGACAUCGAUGGCUGGCCCAUCCAGCCCUUCGCCCGCCCGCCUCGGCCUCGGUCGCCCCCCGGGUUGCUCGAGCCGGGAUGAGGUCGAGACGGUCUUGAACCCGACUCCCGCUGCCAAUUCGUCCACGGAGACGUACUUGCAUACCACUUGGGACUUUCUCAAUGGCGGACGGCGUGACGCUCAAGGGCAUUCACCCGAGGAUCCGGAUUUUGACCCCGGCACUCUGCGGGUUCCGGCCCAAUUUUUAGCCAAACAAACCCCGGCUCAAAGGCAAUGGUGGGAGAUGAAAGCCCGUCACUUUGAUACGGUGCUCUUCUUCAAGAUGGGCAAGUUCUACGAACUGUUCCACAUGGACGCCCUCAUCGGGGUCCAAGCUUGCGGUAUGCUCCUCAUGAAGAAAGAGAUGGCUCAUUGCGGUUUUCCCGAAAGCGCCUUGCAACGCUAUGUGGAUAUUCUCGUGGGUCAAGGGUACAAGGUGGCCCGCAUUGAACAGACCGAAACCCCGCAAAUGAUGGCGGCUCGAGUUCAAAGGGAGGGCAAGAAAGGUCCGGAUGCCAAGGCCGUUCGGAGGGAAAUCUGUCAGAUUGUGUCCUCGGGCACGCGAAUUAACUCCUUGGACCAUGACGAUUGUCUGUUGCUGCUCUACACGCCCCCGAGUAUGGAAUCGGUAGGCCAAGAAUCCGGUUCCUGUUCAGAAGUAGGAGUGGCCGUGUUUCAGCCCUCGGUGAUGAAGCUCUUUAUCGGCACGCUCUUUUCGGUGGCUGACACGGCCGAAAUCUUGACCCUGAUUCAGAUUGUACGUCCUACGGAAAUUGUGUCGGAUCCGAGCAUUCCUCAAUCGUGGAAGGAUUCUUUGAUCGCAUUUCAGCCCUUGCGGCUUCGAUGGCAAACCUCGCCCCCAGCUUUGGAGGGCGACUAUGCCUUUCUGAAAGAGCAACGAUAUGGCGAUGAUUUGAAGCCGUUUUCGGCCGAAGACUUCAUGAACCGUCAUGCAGUUCUGGUCAAAGAAACGUCUUCUAAACAAGCGUUCUUGUGGAUGCUGACCACUUUAAAGGAAUCGCUCAUUGAUCAAGCUGUCAUCUCCAAUGGCGAUGUCCUACCUCUGACGGAUGUGCUGAUGGCCAAUUCCAAAGACAGUCAUUUGCAAUUCUACGGAAACGCUCUUUGCAAUUUAGAUAUCUUGCCCGGAAAACCUGAGCAGAAAGGCCUAAUCCACGUGCUCGAUCGCACUUUGACGGCUUCAGGUAAGAGACUUCUACGCCAAUGGUUGGCUCAUCCUUUAGCGAAUGGGCAAGAGAUCAAGCACCGCCAAGACAUCCUCAAAUCCUUGGAUGCUUCGAUUGUUCAGGAUUGUCGGUCUGAUAUGAAAGGCUUAGGUGACUUGGAGAAGCAUUUGGCUCGUUUAUGCCUCUAUGGGUUUAAAGCCAAGAAUCAUCCGGAUAAUCGCGCCAUCUUGUACGAGACAAAGCUCUCGAGCCGAUUGGCCAAGUCAUUACAGGCCAUCUUAACCGGCUUCACGGCCUAUGUGUCCAUCUUGCGGCGAUUGCUCAAAAUUGAACCAAACAUGCACGAUAUGACGCAAUCGUCGUUGAAUGAGGUGCACAGUCAUUGCGAGAAGUUCACGCGAUUUCUGUCCAAAGUCGACGGCGACGACACAUUCGUGAUCCCCUCCGGGUUUAACGUCUUUUAUGACGAAGUGCUUCAGAGAAAAGACGAUGUCACUCGACGAAGCGAAGAGUUUCUGGAAGAGCAAUCCCGUCAUUUCGGUACAUCACUCAAGUUCUGGGGUACGGGUAGCAAUCGCUUUCAAUUGGAGGUCCCCGAGAGCUUGGCCAAAAAGGCCAAUAAUCGUUACACACUCGCCUCCCAAAAGAAAGGCUUCAAGCGAUACUCAACGUCGGAAACGUUAGCGCUAUGCCAGGAAAUGGAGGAAUUGGAAGUGGAAUUGCAAGACAUGCACGGGGAUGUUGUCACGGAAAUGGUGCGACAAUUCUCGUCUCACAAGUUCCUCUGGCAAGUCGUGAUCAAGUCCGUCGCUCAAGUGGAUUGCUUCUUCAGUCUAUACCUGUUCAAUGAAGACGAUUCCGAAAGCAAAACGCUUCCUCACAUCCUGUCCGAUGCCAAGAACCCAAGCAUUCAAAUCCGACAAGGUCAACAUCCCAUCCUGAAUUAUGUCAAAAAGGGUGAAGCCGAUGGAGUGGUGAUCCCCAAUACCAUCGAUCUGGGGAUGGAAAUGUUCAUCCUCACUGGCCCCAACAUGGGUGGAAAAUCAACGUUGAUGCGUCAAACGGCUCUUCUAGUGGCAUUAGCUCAACUGGGCGUCAAAGUUCCGGCGGAGGAGAUGUCUUUCUAUCCCGUGGACAAGAUAUUCUCCCGAAUGGGGGCCAGUGACAAUAUCAUGGAGGGCAAGAGCACAUUCCUCAUGGAGCUAUUGGAAACCUCCACCGUCUUCCAAAACAUGACGUCGAAUUCCUUAGUUCUCAUCGAUGAAUUGGGUCGAGGAACGUCAACUUACGAUGGGUGCGCCAUCGCCUUGGCCACCCUCGAGUUCUUGGCUGGCAAAUGUCGAGGUCUCUUCUCCACACAUUACCACGAGAUUUUUCGCUACAUUGAUCGCAUUCCAGGCAAGAUCUCGUUACAUUAUAUGGAUUUUAUGAAAGAAAAUGAAGAUGUGGUAUUUUUGUAUCAGUUAAAGAAAGGUAGGUGUACCGAAUCUCAUGGGUUGAAUGUGGCCAAAUUGGCCGGCAUUCCGGAAGACAUUAUUGAAAAGGCCUCUCGGAUCGCGAUUUCCAAGGUCAAUUAGUGAGACGAAUAACAAUGCAUUUUCAAGGAACCAUUCGGGGUAUUAUUCAAAAUAAAAAUUAAUAAAAUCGUA